AUGGAAUGUGGCCGUUUGAGCAAAUCGGAAUUGGUUUAUGAAUUGAAGAUAAGAGGUCUCGAGGAUGUUGGUACCAUGGAGGAAAUGCGGUCUACUCUUCGAAGAUUAGUUCGUAUGGAGAAGGAUGGGGAAUCACUAAAGUAUCCGGAAUAUCAACUAGUGGCUGAUGAUGAAUUAAAAAUAUGUGAAGUGAAAUUAGAUGAUCUUGGGAAAUUACUGUCGGACUUGACUACCGAUGAACGUAGCAGCCCUUUCAAGAAAAUUGAAACUAAACUUCAACAUACACUAAUGAGGGUGGAUAGGAUUCCCACUACUACUGAAGAGGAAAAAAAGAAACGUAGUAAGCUGCUCGCUAAACUGUUGCAGUUAAAGACCCAGUUAUUGCAGAGGGAUAAAGUGGUGAACUCGUUGCAAAGAAAUGUCAACCUACAAGGUGUCACACCUGCCCAGACUUCAGAUCCAGAAGAAGCGACGGUGGUAGGGAUGUCUAGAGAUGGUGGUAUGAGUGAAUGGAAUAAAAGGAUCCCGGUGUUUGAUGAUGAAAGAGGCACACAUCCGGUUGAGUUUGUCAAGGGGAUAUGUGUUAGAAGCUUUUGUGUGCCGUGUGGCCGUCUUGUUGAUAACUCCGCUGAUGGAAAAGAAAGCCGAAGGCCGACCACUUUCGUGAGCCCACCUGCCAUCUUGGGUUCCGUUUCACCCCUUUUUGGAAUCGACCUUCCUAGCUGCUUCGUCAGAGCCCACGUGAUCAAGAAAUCAUCAGCUACCUGCCAAAGGAAACUAAAGCACUGA